CUAGGUCAGCUAAGGAUGUACGAAUUUACCCACGGUGUAUUUGCCAUAAGCGUCUGUUUUCUAGCAACUGAAUCAAUAAUUUCUUAUCCAGUCGUCGAUUCAUUGCGAGUGUAACAAAGAACAGGUUGGAACGUCCCACAGGACUUUCUUUUAUGACCAGUGUCGCGUUUCCAUGAUCAAUGAAAUCGUUUUCUACCUUCCUCUCAAUCGGCAGUACCAUAAUCCGAUCUACGAGCUGACCUCCGCAGAGUUGCCCUGAUACGGGCAUCAAGCUUGCAUCACGCGGCUAAUGUACGACAAAUUCUUCCACGAUCCGCACCAUCACGCUAAGGAGGUCCAUCACAGGACGUUAGGCAUCGCCGAUGAGUCGUUCGAAUUGGAGAUGCACGAGGAGCACAAAGUUAGCUUUGAACAGUGUAGCCACACGCACAGCAUCGAAAAUGCUGAUGCUCUUCUGGUUAUCUAUUCGAUCAUUAGUCGGCGAAGUUUUGAUCAAGCCGCCGAGCUGGUGACGUCCUUGGAGCAACGCUGUCCCGAAACGCCGCUCCUGCUUGUAGCUAACUGCUGCGAUCUCAACUACAAACGCGAAGUUGAGACCGAGGAAGGGCGUGAAGUGAGCUCAGACUUCGUCGAGGUGUCGGCCGCACAAGAAGGCUCCACUGAUCUUCAGUCAGCUCUUGAGAGCUUGUUGAGACGAGUGGCCGCUGUUCGAGAGUUAGGCCAGCACAAACGAAGACGCAGCAUUUCCAACGUGCUUGAAAGUAUUUUUGCAUGGAACAGCCGCGGUAGCUUUAGCAUAUCCGUCUAGCAGUUCGACAACUUCGUCUAGAGCCGAUCUGCUCAGUUCUAGCCGAAGCAUUGCCAUGGCAAGCCUAAUGCUAACUAAUUUCGGGCUACACACGUAGCGUAAACAAUCGAGAACCCUUAAUGUGUCUGUGAGUGAUAAUCAGAGCGUGCGCUUUCAUCCGCUAUAUUUGAAGGGGUUCACGCAUUCAAUCCAAGCAUGCUGCAUAUAUAUACCUAUAUAAGCGAUAAUUACACGGCGCCGCCACAGCGGCGCGUCACGGAUCUGACAAAUAGCCAGCCUACCGUACAGCAGGGCAUAGCUUCACGGUGUUAAACAUCAGAUAGGAAACGUGUCUGUAAUCGAAUCUGGGGGGUUUCCAAAGUACGCUGUCCGCUGUCCUAAAUCAGGGAAUAACCGUUGAGUUAGUGGAACCGUCUAUAUGAGCGCUUCUGUCAUAUGACCACACAUACUGCCGAAAAACAUCGUUCUAAUAAGUAGAAGCUUUCCUCGACGAUUGCGCAAAGCGUAUCGAGACGCGGCGCUGUUAACAGCGAUGCAUAAAAAACAAGUCUUGGCCCAUUCGUAAAUGUGAAAGCGAAUUUAGUACGUACGAUCACCAAGGGGGCAACGUGACAAUUUACAGCCAUGGAAAAAGAGGGACAUUAUUAUAAUAACUGAGUAGAAUCAAAGGUGACAGCAGCGUUCAUAUAACGUUGCGGUUAAAGAGUGUUACUACCAGCAGUGCUACAUGAGAAGGUAUAUGAAGAUGGAUGGUACCGAUGCUAGCAACAAUAAUUGCAAAAAUUAAAUAUUAUAAUAACAAGAAUAUAAGAAAGCAGAAAAUAAAAAUAAACAAUUAUUACA